UGAAAUCUGACGUUUUGAUAUUGAUAUUCAUUUUUAAGCUGAUUAAAAAGUUUGUUAAAAAAUUAAAAAUUAUUAUCAAAAUCAAACAAAUAUCCAUAAUAAAAUGACCACUGUCCAAGAUCGUUUAAAUUCCAAUCGUCUAGUUCUCGACAAAUGGUCGAAACGCGAACAACUUUGCCUAGCGUCUGCAGUGUCUUUCAGUGGCGAUCAAAAUUGGAUGACCGUCAGCCGUUCGCUCAAACUUUUAUGUGGAGCCAGUCAUCCACCUGACUGGUUUUCACAAAAACAUUGUGCUGUAAAAUACGGCGAGUUGUUGGAAAAUGUUGAAACACCCAAGCGUAAAAAACGCACAACAUCAGAUAAUGCCGCAGCUCCAAGUGUUGCCGAAACCCCCACUGACUCAAUAUUGCGGCGUCUUACGGAGGAGCGUAUCCAAGAAUUGAAAUCCGAAAUUAGGGAACAACAAGAAACAUACGCAAAAUUAUACACAGAUGUAGUUCAUCUGCAAACAGGGAACUCUAACGAGGAGCAAAUUCGAGCUAUGUGGAUGGAAAUAGAGCGUGAACAAGAGCAGGAACGAAAGGCAAGGGCUCGCAAGCAAAUGUGUGGACAUGAUGCUCAAAGAAAUUGGCCUCCUGGUCAGCAAUUUCAACUUCAACAACAACAACAACAGCUGAACACGCCAAUGAAGCAAGAGCAAGAUAUGGACAUCGACGAAACAUGCAAACCUCAAGGAACAUCACCCCUGCUUUCGUCGCUUUUGAAGUCAAGUUCACCGGCUCCAACAGUUGCAACAACUGCACCCACCAGUACGGUGAGAGUAAGUGCUCCCACAAUCACUAAUCUCCUGACAGGAAAUGUCAGUACGACUGUUACUACCACAUCCUCACUAUCGCAUUCUCCUGGUUUUCAAAGUUCUCCACAUUCCAAGCCCCUCACUGGUCCCGCACCAGGAAACCAAACUCCUAGCCAAGCCGCACUAAGUCCUUCUCAAUCAGCUCCUACUCUAUCUAUGCUUCUGGAAAAGAAUAAACCACACCCUAAGGAAUUUCCUCAACAAAACAAAACUGCUGUGGCUAAUUUAUUUGAUGAAAUAAAGUCAUCCCCUGUCGAUGCAUCGCCCGAUGUUAACAGCGAAACAGAAAAACCUCUGGAGGAAGAUGAAACAAUGGCAGAUGGAACAUUUACGCCCACCAAAGAGGAAGAACAACAAUUAAUGGAGGUCUUCAAAAAUCUAAUGCCUGAUAAUAUCGAUGAAUUGGCCGACAUACUCACCAACAACCAUGGAAUCUUAAACCCAGCUAUUCUUGAAGAGGAAUCUAUCCUUGAGGGAGUAGAGUCAUUAAUGGACGAAGCUCAAGAAGUGGAUGAUCAGCUAGAUGUAAAAGCAGAAGAAGGCGAUCUAAUAGAAGUCCCGGAAUACCAACAGAACGAGAAAAGCGAUAACCCUAAAGAAAGAAUAAAUAUUCAAGAUGUAAAAGAUUUUAAAGAGGAAGUAACUCUCAUUGAAUCUGAUCUUCAUAUAUCUAAACCCAAUGAAGACGCCAAAGAAGAUAUUCCAGCGACAAAGGAAAAUGAGGGAAAAUCAGAUGCUUUGGACAAAAUUGAAACCAUAUCGAGCGAUGAUUCGAGUGAUAAUGUUCCCCUUUCAAUACGCACCACUUCUAAAGAAGAAAACAAAACGUCUCCAAUUGUUUCAGAAAAUAGAGACGAUGUAUUAGCAGGACCCAAGCAAGAUAUUCCCGCCGACGUAGCUUUAGUGGUAAUUGAUGAAGAAGAAAGCCAACCGGAGUCAGAAGUUAUCCCAGUAAAGAGCCAGGAAGAACAGAAACAGGAUAGUGUAGUUCCAGAUCCACGUGGCGAUGACGAAGAUGUGGAAAACAACAAAAUCGAUCAAUCACAGAGUGUGGAUAACAGAAAAGGCUCACUUAGUGAUAGUUCAGAUGUUAUCAUCAUUCCAACAGAUGACGAGUCUAACGAAGGCAAAGCGGACGUUAAGCCCAUUCAAAAUAACGAUAGCUCUGGUAUUCAAGUGGACAAAGGAAAAGUGAUGCAGUCAAUUCCUCAAACCAACGACGAAAUUGAGACCUCUCAAGAAGCGAUAACGUCUAUUUGUCUACCAGACACAGACGAUGAGGCAACCAAUUUCGAAACGCCAUCAACAGCUUUUAAAGAUGACAAGUCGAAUAAUUCAAAACAACAGAUACAACCCAAGAAACUCGAACCCCAAGUUGAAAACCGAAUUGAAGAAGAAGCGAAGCCAGCCCUGACAGCAGUGCGUAAACUUCGAGAUCGUGAUCGUUCAGAGAGUCCAUUGGUUGAAGACGAUACCAGCGACAAUUCCACGACACAGCGGCUACGACGAAGAUACUCCUCAACCCCAGUAAUUGACAGUGUUCCUAAUUCACCGGUCUCCGGUGAUGAUCGAGAAUUCAAAGUAUGGAAAAAAUCCCUGAUGACGGUCUAUAAUAAUUUACUAACCAACAAAAACGCGACAAUAUUCCUGCGUCCCAUCACAGACGAGCAGAAUCCUUUGUUCAAACAGGUUUGUCGGCGUCCAAUGGACCUUCAAAUCAUCAAACGUCACAUAGAAAAUGGAACGAUUAAAAAUGUUACCGAUUUUCAAAGGGAUGUAUUUCUGAUGUGUCACAAUGUUAUCAUUGCUUUUAAAAAGAACUCAACUUACGCCAGCAUGGCUAAAGAUCUUAUGGCAGACUUUGUUCAGAUCAAAGAUCAGAUUAUUGAUGCAAAGCUAGAAAAAAUGUUUUCUUCGUCGACAUCUUCGUCUUCACCAUAUACCCCGGGUGUAAAAGUUCGCGGAAGUUCGAGGAAGAGUCAAAGACUACCCUAAAGCAAAACUACAUGAUUUUAGUUGUAACUGUUAUCUUUGACCAUCUAACAAAAUAGAUUUAAGAGUCGAAAGAAUACUUUCGUCAGAAUUAAAUGUUAAAUAAGGUUUAGAAAUAUAUUAUAAUAAGUUUAA